AUGACUAGUCCGUUGGUAUUACUCUCUCAGUCCAAGACAUUCGAUGGAAUUGUAUUCAAAUACUCUCAUGAUUCUACUCUUCUGGCAUGCAAAAUGAAGUUUUCUGUCUUUCUUCCUAAAUCCGUUUCUAAAGCAAUCCCUGCUCUCUAUUUUCUAUCUGGACUGACCUGCAAUGAGGACAACUUUAUCACCAAAGCAGGAGCAAUUAAAAAGGCUAGUCAACUGGGUCUUGCAUUGAUCUGUCCUGAUACAAGUCCUAGAGGAUUGGGCAUCGAUGGAGAAGACGAUAGUUGGGAUUUUGGAUCUGGUGCUGGUUUCUAUGUGAAUGCUACAGAAUCUAAAUGGUCUCGAUAUCAAAUGUAUUCAUACAUCAUGCACGAAUUGCCUGAAUUGGUGAAUGCUCAUUUGCCCAUUGAUCCGUCGCGAGUGUCAAUCUUUGGUCACAGCAUGGGUGGUCAUGGUGCACUGGUUUGUGCACUUGGAAAUCCAGGUCAUUUCAAGUCGGUUUCUGCAUUUGCUCCAAUCUCAAAUCCGAUCCACUGUAAAUGGGGAGUCAAGGCGUUUGGAGGUUAUUUGGGAACCGAGAACAAAGAAUCAUGGAAACAAUAUGACGCAACUGAACUGGCAUCCAAAUAUACCGGACCCAAACUGGCAGUACUGAUUGAUCAAGGAUCAGAGGAUUCUUUUUUACAAGACGGACAGUUGCUUCCUGAUCGAUUUGUGGCUAGCGCAAAUACAAACGAAUCGCAUCUGCUAGUAGAAUAUCGACUACAAGAAGGUUACGAUCAUAGUUACUGGUUUAUAUCCACAUUUGUGGAUGAUCAUUUGGAGUUUCAUUGGAAACAUUUACAAGGAUGA